AUGCGCCUCCGGUAUCUCAUCCCUCCAGCCUUCCUAUCCCCUCCGUCCGCCACUCCUGCCAUCGUUGUCGCACAGGAGGAACUUCCCUUCACAACGCUGCAAUGCCCCUCCCCUUCCCCAUCUGUCCCGCUAGUUUCAUCCUUCCCCCAUGCAGCCUUCCUCUUCUCGCGAAAGCAUCUCCUCGUGCCAGCAGCGCUCACUGAGUAUUCUCUCGAGGCCACCUUCUUCCCAUCCUUGUGUGCUGUCUGUUCAGUGUUCGCUUUCCCUCUCCCCACACACCUUCCCCAUCCCUCUCCACCGCACACCACCCCCGCUAGCCAUGCAGCGUUCCUCUUCUCGCGGGAGUAUCUGCUGGCCAUGGCAGCAGCGCUCACUGAAUAUGCCCUCGAGACCGCCCUCUUCCCAGCCUUCAAGCGCCGCCUGUGGCCCGUGGCGUGGGUGGGGGGGGCGCUGCUGCUGGCGGGGGAAGCGGUGCGCAAGGCAGCCAUGGUGACGGCAGGGCGGAGCUUCACUCAUGACAUUCAGACGGAGAAGCGGCGCGAACACCGACUGGUCACACACGGGCUUUACAGGUGGGUGUGGCAUCCGGGCUACACGGGGUGGUUCAUGUGGAGCAUAGCCACGCAGCUGCUGCUAGUCAACCCCCUCUGCACGCUCGCCUUCGCCCUCGUCUCCUGGCGCUUCUUCGCCGUCCGCAUCCCGCAUCCCCUACGAGUUCUGCCUGCACCAGCUCAUCGAUCUCAAGUUCCUGCAAUGCGCUGCCCUCCUGCUUUCGUUCGCCUCAUCGCCCUCUCAUCUCCCGUCCCCCCUCCAUGCAGCUACGAGGAGUUCUACCUGCACCAGUUUUUGGACUCGAGUACGCACUCCCUUGGUGCCAUCUGCUCGGCAGCAGAUGGGUCUGGUUCGGCAGCAGAAGGGUCUGGUUUGGCAGCAGAAGGGUCUGGUUUGGCAGCAGAAGGGUCUGGUUUGGCAGCAGGGGAGUUGGAGUUCCGGCGGGUGGAGUGUGCGGGGCGGUACGACGAUGCACGGUCGCUGUUUGUGGGGCCGAGAGCGCACACAGUGAGGGGCGCACAGGAGAAGGGGUACUUCCUCGUCACUCCGCUCAUCCCUCCAUCUGGCAGGUGUUUGGCUGGGCAGGGGUGCGCAGGAGAAGGGGUACUUCCUUGUCACUCCGCUCAUGCCUCCCCCUGGCUGGUAUGUCCAUUCGCCCCGUCAGUAAAGCACUCGUCUUUCAUGCCAAUGCGGGCGCACACAGUGAGGGGCGCACAGGAGAAGGGGUACUUCCUUGUCACGCCACUGCUGCCACGUGCUGGCAGCGGCAUGCCUCGGAAAACCUGUGAAGUUCUCUCGCUUCUUGCCCCAAUCGUCGCCCUCUCUUCCCCUGGUUCUGUCUCCAUCCCCAGAGGCAGUGAAGCGAGAGCCAUGUUCCUCCCGAGUGCUGGCCUGGCACCUCAUCUCAUGCCACCUCAUCUCAUGCCACCUCAUCUCAUGCCACCUCAUCUCAUGCCACCUCAUCUCAUGCCACCUCAUCGCAUGCCACCUCAUCUCAUGCCACCUCAACCAGCAGUGCUGGUGAGCAGAGGCCAGCAGCCAGCAGUGCUGGUGAACAGGGGGUGGGUGCCGGAGGCAGUGAGACGAGAGGCAGACACAUGGAUGGCGGGAGAGAGGGCGAGGGGGGCUGCAGGCGAGGUGGGGAAGGAGGAGGUUGAGAGCGGUGGCAGUAGGACGAGCAGGAGUGGUGGUGGCGGAAGCAGCAGCAGUGGCAGGAGCAGCAGCGGUGACGUUAGUGUGAAGGGUAGCAGCAGGGGGUGGUUUGGGUCGGGGGGAGGUAAAGGGCGGGCCUCAACCAAGGCAGAGACAGCAGGCAGCGAGCCCAACACCCCCCCUAUUAUACGCGUGUCCGGGGUGGUGCGAGGCAGUGAGAAGCCGAACCACUUUGUGCCUCCCAACGCGCCGGAGCACGGCAAAUGGUUCUGGGUGGACGUGGCGGCCAUGGCCCAGGGAUGUGGCCUGCCACGUGGCACUCUGCUAUUGGACGCCAUGAAACCAACCGAGGAAGAGGAAGAAAAUACAACUCACAGCACCGGCAGCAGCAACAGCAGCAGCGGGCAGGCGGGUGUGUGUCCUGCAUUCUCCAGCGACCCGCGCUUCCCUCGCCCCAAGGACCCGGAGGAGCUCGUGAAGCUGCCAGUCAUGCCCACCGACCACAUCACCUACGCCGCCACCUGGUGA